GGUGGAUUGUGGAGGAAAGUGUCGUCACGGUGUGAGGUUCCCGGAAGUGUCGUGUGUAAGGGAGAGAGGAGAGUGAGCAGAGGAGGCUGUGUUCAGCUGACUGAUAGCGGAUAGAGCGCUCUCUUCUCUGUAUAGGACUGCUGUGUGAGCCACACUUAUCCUUCCAGAGCCACCGUGACCGACACUGCUCCCCUGCCCGCAGACAUGGCCACCCGCUCAGAGAGGGAGAAGGCCCUGAAGCUGAAUGAGCAGCACCAGGCCAUCCUGUCUCGUAUGCUGAGGGAGGAGGACAACAAGUACUGCGCUGACUGCGAGGCCAAGGGACCAAGAUGGGCUUCAUGGAAUUUAGGAGUUUUUAUUUGCAUCAGAUGUGCUGGAAUCCAUCGAAACCUUGGUGUUCAUAUAUCAAGAGUUAAAUCUGUGAACCUGGAUCAAUGGACCCCAGAACAGAUUCAGUGUAUGCAGGACAUGGGAAACACAAGAGCAAGAGUGUUCUAUGAAGCUAAUCUUCCUGAAAACUUUAGAAGACCUCAAACGGACCAAUCUGUGGAAUUCUUUAUCAGGGAUAAAUAUGAAAGGAAGAAAUACUAUGACAAGAACGCUGCAACCACUAUCACUACGUCCUCUUCUGAUGCUGUUCAGCCUUCGGCAUCCUCUCCUUCUCUGCAAGCUGCUGCUGAUAAAAGCAAAUUGGAGAAAGAAAAGGAGAAGAAAAGGGAAGAAAAGAAAAAGGAAAGAGAGCCUGAAAGACCCGUAAAACCGUCUGGCGUAGAGAAGGUAUUGAAAAAGGAGCCACAGUUAGAGGUUAAAGCUAGUCCAAAGAGAGCCCCAGAAAUGACCAUUGAUCUUUUAGGACUUGACACACCUACUGAAGUACCAGUUGCAAAUGGAAGCACUUCUACUGCAAGCACAUUAAACGACGACCUGGAUAUAUUUGGCCCAAUGAUCUCUAACCCUUUGCCUGUAUCCUCUGCACCUCCAACACAGGUUACAUCCACAGCCCCAGCAGCUAUCGUACCUCCUGCUUCUGGAGAUCUAGAUUUAUUUACUGAUCAAACCACAAAAUCUGAAGAAGUUCCCAAAAAGCCCUUGUCAAAAGACUCAAUCUUGUCACUUUAUGGCACAACAAACCUGCAGCAGCAAAAUACUGCAGGCAUGUUCAUGGGUUCCUCUGCAAUUCCCUACUCCACCCAGGCCACAAGCAAUUUCCAAGCUUUUCCACCAAUGGGAGUAGCUGUUCCUACAAGUGCUGGAAUGAUGGGAAACAUGAUGGGACAAGCCAUGCCUGCAAUGGGACAGAAUACUGGAAUGAUGGUUGGCAUGGGUAUUCCAAAUGGAUUUGUGGGAAAUCCUCCAUCUGGAGUAAUGGGACUCCCUCCUAACAUGAUGGGUCCACAAGCAACGAUGGUUAGCAAUAUAGGAACAGCUCCAAACAAAUUUGGGAUGCAGCAAAAUCAACCUACACCUUGGAAUCUUUCACAGAUGAAUCAACAGAUGAGUGCAAUGAAUCUGAAUGGAGCAAGCAAUAUGAUGGGAUUUGGUCAGCCAGCAAACACUGUCGGAGCGGGAUGGUCAGGGAAUGCCACUGGUCAGACUCUAAGUACACAACUAUGGAAAUGAGAAGAGCCCAUGAGACUUCAUCAAGAGGAACCAUUUGACAUUCCUUGCUUUAAUGCACACCAAUACCCCUUGUUUUAAAUAUGUAUAUAUUAAGCUCUCUUCCAAAUGUUCAUAAAGAGGCUUGUUCAGUCACCUUGUCAGGUCUGAUGGUAGUGGGGAAAAAAGGUACAUUUACAUAUCAAUACUUUUUCAGGAUUUUUAACUGUUUAUAAACCUACGUGUUCUAACAUGUUUUAUUGUGCUAUGGUUUAAAGGGACUGGAUAUAAUUGGUGUUUUCCAAUUUCCUAAUGCAAUAACCUAGCACCCAAUCCCAAAUUGCCCUUUGGUUAUUCAAAACAAAAAUCUAGUCAUACCAAGAUAUGACUGCUUUGUCAGAUUGAUUGUAAAUGUAUCGCCAGACACCAUUACUUGUGUAUCUUUUUUGGAUGUUCAUUUAUCAUUAGCUGUGAUGUAAUUAAGGUGUGCUGAACAAGUACCACCAUACAUGAAAGCAACAUAAGUCUGGAUGACAUGCUUUGAAAAAUUGGGGUUAAGAUAAUGGAACUGACAAAUUUCUGUUUACAAUCAGAGCUAAAAAAAAAAAAUGUAUAAGAAUGUGUACAAGCUUCACACAUGGACUUUUCACUCUUCCCGUGAAGUAAACACAGGUCUCUCCCUAAAAGGCACUCCAGAUUUAUGCCAGUGAUCGUGUUUACAUUUUAAGGUGCCUAGUAUUAAUGAGAUGUUUUCUCCCAUGUAUUAAUCUAUGAACCUACAGAUUGUUUGUAUUUAAUGCAGCCCUUCAGGCUUUAUAGUUUAUUACUUAGUACCGACAAGGCAAAUGGUUAAUCUGUGUGCUGUAGUUUUUAAGUGGAAUGUUCUGUAAAAUAAGUAACCAUUUUAACUUUUAUCACGUAGGGCCAAAUCAAACACACUUCCAAAUUAUCCUGCUGCUGGUUUGUCUAAAAGCAUUUAGGUGAUGGGAUGACACAUGCAGUCAUUGUACAAAAAACAUACAAGCUGUAAAAUAUCAAACACAACACAGGCAGGGGGCACGUUUUUAUGUUGACUUCAGGCAACAUUAGCUGAUCCUUGGACUAUGGAGUAAAUGUCUAGGUAUGCUUUGAAGCUAUGGUAUAGCUCAUUUGUUUUCCUUGGUCCUGCAGUAGAAGUGUGGGGUGAACUUCCCAGCACCCGGAGUCUGAGGCCCAGUAGCUUCUUCGGUUAAAUGCACAGUGUCUUUAGUUCUCUUUAUUCCAGUGACUUGAAGCUUUGGCUGAAAGCCAAGCCAUGAUCAAUAUGGUGAAGGAAUGGCAGCUCCUCAUCAUUUUUAAGGUCCACAUCGAAAGAUCCAUAUGGUGUCCACUUUUCAGGAUUCCAUGUGAUGACAUUUGACUAUCAUACCUCAAUUUUAAUUGUAUCCUUAGGAUGUUUGGGCUCAUUAGCUAGAUUUACCUUUUCUGUUCGUGUAUGCCACACUAGAACCUGAAAGAAAAGUUUCACAAACCAGUUACUAUUUUCGUAAUAUACUGCUUUUGAAAAAAAUAACAAAAUCAACAUGAACGUGAUCCCCAAUGUGUGUGUGUGUCCACUCUGACUAGAUCUUUUGAGUGGUAUGUAACAUGUUCUGUACACGGGAGAAGGUAAGGAAAUCGCACACACGAAUGUGGGGUUAGUGAAGGCAUAUUUUAUCUCUGACAAGCAUAUAUUGUUUAACCCUGUCCAUAAGUUCAGUUUUUGAGGUUACAAACUUUUGGAAUUUAAAUUAUAAUGCAAUUGUGUGUGUUUUUUUUUUCCUCCCCCUUUUUUUUUUUUUUUUUCAUACACUGCUAAUACCUGAACUACAUGGCUGAUUUUGACCUUUUUGUUAUUUAGCAGUUUAGGCCUUCAUUGGCAGUGGCCUUAUUUUGCAGCACCAAGAUUAUAGUUGCUGCAAGUAUAGUGAUUGCCAGAGGUAACCUUGGGUUAGCAACUCUACAAUUCUCCAAUGUAGUUUACAUGGUUUAGAUCAAAUAAACUGUUUUUUUGAUUUGGUUUUAGUUGGUCAUUAGAAAUAUAUUUUUUAUUUACUUUUUCUUUAAUCAGUUUCUUUGGCUGCGAUUUUAAUUUUCUGUUUUGUCUCCUGCUUUUAUUAGUGUCGAGAGCUUAAAAAAAUACAAUACAAAAUACUGGCAAGUUAGAACAAUGAGUUUUUAUUUUAUGACCUUUUAUCUUCAUUUAAUUAACCAGCAGUACAGAUGCAUUGUUAAAACCGAUGCUUCUCUUGAAGCUUGUGAGGUUAUAACUAAUGUUCAUGAGCCCAGAAAUAAUAGAACUUUUCCAGAGAAAGAAAAAAAAACUUGAUUUUUGAACUGUUGUGUAUUGUCCCAAUGUCAACUUUAGAGCUAUGGACUGAAUGUAGUAAUGCAUAAACUAUGAUGAACAAGGUAUCUAUGAAAAAAUAAAAUUCUGAUGUCACA